AUGCCUUCCCCCCUCCCUCCCGCCCCCCUCCGGGGCUCCGGGAUCGCCUCCCUCGCCAAUCGGGCCGAGGGGCCUGCCUGCCUGGAGAAGCGCAGACGUCCUGCUGCUACCCCGCCCCCGCUCCCCUCGGCCCCCGCCGGGCCUGACCCCAGCCGCCAGAGCCCUUCACGGGAAAGACCGGAUCCCUGGAGCCCGGGGCCCGCUUCUCCGGCCCCGCAGUCCCCAGGGUCGGUCGAGCUGUCGGGACAUCCGGAGGGUGGGGGUGGGUGCCUCGGACCCUUGCGCCCCUACCCGACGCCACCACCUGCGCCCCGCUCCCUCGCGGGCGCCGCCUUUGUCCAGCGCUUCUCGGCCGCGCUGGCCCCUCCAACCGAGCUGACCCAGCCCCCCAGGCCGCAGCCGAGAAAAAGCGGCGGGGCGGAAAGGGCAGGGCCGGGCCGGGCUCUGAAGCCCUGGCCCGCUGUCACUUCGACGCGGCUCUCACAACUUCAAUUCCAUCCACCUUCCCCCAAGCAUCAAGGCGCCUCGGACCCGGGACCGAAGCCCCGCUCGCCCUCCCCUUUCGCCCCGCUCGGCUCUCCUCGAACCUGGUCCCGUUGCGUGCCCAGCCCCGAGCGUCCCUGGCUGCCCACCGCGGUCCCCGCCCCCCCCCGGCCCGGCCCGGGCCCCGGGCCCCCCCCCCCCCCCCAGCCUGACUCUAGAACCGGCUCCGCUCCCCAUCGCGGGCCCUCCGGGGGCAGGCGCUUCCCGCAGCGGCCGGGCCGCCCCGGGCCUCGGCCACCCGCUCGGGGGGCUGAGGAGGGGGUCGCGGCGGCCCUGGGAGGGGAGCGGGGACACUCGCCCGCGCCCGAGGAGCCAGCCCUGGGCUCCCGAGGCGCAGUGGCCAAUGCCCCUACCUUGGCCGCGGCCCCAGGACGCCCGCCCGCGGUCGGGAUGCACUCCGCCGGCCCCUCGCCCCACCCCCCCAACCCCCGCCUCCCGACGCGGGCAGCGGCGGCGGCCCCCGGGGGCUGUCACCUCGAGGCGCGUUGCGCUCCCGAUGGCGGGGACCCACCCGGGCGCCAGGACUCCCGGGAGACAGACAGCCCGUGCGGGCGGUCAGCACCUGCUCUGCGUCUGUCCGUCUGUCCUCAUCCCCGAGUGGGGGCGGCGGCGCGUUCGGCGGGGCGAGCGAGCGAUCGAGAGAGAGCGACCCUCUGGCUCACCCGACUGGUGGCGCGGACAACGGGGCCCAGGACGCCCGCAGGCCCCGGCCGGGCUGGAAUCCGGCGGCUGGAACCCCCCGGGGGCGCUCAAUUCCCGGGCUCCACGCUGCUGCGUCAGCGCCUCCUCCUGGGGGCCGGGGCCGGGCGGGCGGAGCGGGGGCCGCGACCGGGCGGGGCCGUCGGAGGAGCGGGCGGGCCGGGUCGGGGCGGGAGGGCUGCUGGGGCCGUGCAGGCGGGGCGGGCGUCCAGACAGGCGGGCGGCGGGGCCGGGCUCCGGGAUCCGCUACGCCGCUCGCGGUUCCCCCACAAACUCCCCGAGAGCGGAGCCUCCGCCGCCCUCCUUCCUGCUUCCUCGUCCGCAGCCAAUCGGCUUAUGGCCCUCCGCUACCUCCACCAAUUAGCAACAAGCCCUGGGCUGGCCCCCGCUAGCCAAUCCCAGCCCUCUGUUCCCCCUCCCCGCCCCGGACCAAUCAGAGCCGCCCCCACCGGCCGGCCUGUCCCAACGCAGGGGGCAGCACGAGGCUGCCGGGGGAGGAGGUGCGGGGAGUGGCGGGGAGGGGGGGUCCGCCCCCCAACCUGGGCCCUCACCCCCAAUGAUUCAACCCCCCCAGUCUGCCGACCCCCAAGACCCUCUCCCCAGAAGCUCGCCCCAGCUACCCCCCCGGGAAAGUCUUACGUAGCGCCCCCCCAUGCUAGCAUUCCCCUUCCCGUCCCCCACCCCCCACCCCCUCCAUCUCCCGCCCUCCCGCCCAGCCACCCAUCCAGGGAAACUGCAGGAGGCACGGACACACCCCACCCUCGCAGGCUCCUGCUGCCCGAGGUUAAGCUAGAGGGAACCCAGCAAGAAAUGAAACAAAAUUGGACGCCCCCUGCAUUAGAGACCCCAGACCCCAGUGAGAGGAGCCCCCCUUGCAGGAAGCCCAGUCUCUGCCUCACCCUUCCAUCGUCCCCUAGCACAAGUCUCCUUUCCCUUGCACCCACUACGGGAGUCGACAGGAGAGCUCCCGGAGCAAGAGGUGGGCAGUGUGACAGUCUCAGCGGGGCUACCUCAGAGUCCUCGAGCCGAGAUGCAGUUAUUUUGGCAGAUCGGAUGGGGAGUCCAGACGCCGAGGCGGAGGGGAGAGGGGAAGAACAAUAUAGAUCCACUGACAGUCUGAAGACCGGGGUCUGGGAGCAAUAUGCGCUGGGCCCCAGGCAUGGGAGGGAGUAA